AUGUCCCGCAACGACUACUACUACAGCCACCCCCGUUCAUACGCCGACUCCUACAGCUCAGGCUACCCGACCAGCGUCGUUCGUCGUCCUGAGGAGACCGAGUCCGCCAUCGAGUCGUCCAGACGCGACUACUACCCGGCUGACGACUAUGAUUACCACCAUAGUCCGCGACAGUCGAGGGCGUCGGUGCGUCGGUCUCAUUCUGUAGGUGAUCGGUCGGCAUAUUAUGGGGAUGGCUCGUAUCGCGAGGGCGGCAUCGGCGGUCUAGACGUGAGUUCUCUCUCUCUCUUUCUCUCUGGAUAG